AUGGAUGGCACUCAACACUACGAUGAAGUUGUACACUUUGUGACCGUCGCUUCCAACUCGGGACACUUUUCACCUCUGACAGCUGAAACGGAAGAUGGAGCACCAUUCUUGCACGUAAUGGCCAAAUCAUCGGUUUUCAAUGUCGGUGAAAAGAAAGCAAUCUACUGCAAGGGGCUUAAUUUACCAGAGAGGAUAGACUGGGUGUCACCAUCUGACGAAGUAGUGGAAAUAAGGUCAUCCAGGAAUACCAGGGUGUAUGUUGAAAGGCACAAGAACGACACUUUAUCCAGCAGCCUGGUACCGCUCAUCUUCCACAGCAUCAAGAUUAAGGAUAGCGGCAAUUGGACCUGCAAAGCUGGAAACCUGAAUGAAACUAUCGAAAUUCUUGUUGGUGAAAAAGUAAGUCUUAGUGAGAGGCAAGAGACCCUGGAGGGUGAAGAGACAAAAUCUGUCAAAUUGGAUUGCGUUGCAAAGGGAUAUCCAGCACCGGUUGUUCAAUGGUAUAAGGAUUCCGUUUCGAUUGUCGACGACCACAAGAAGUUUAUCGUAAGGAAAAAAGACAACAACUAUCAAUUGGAAAUCAAAAAUUUAACACACCAAGACACCGGCGAAUAUAUGUGCAAAGUAACGCAAAAGGCACUCUCAUACUAUACUUACAAACGUGUCCUGCUGUCUGUCCAACAUAAACCUAUUCUGAUUAAUGAAGCCACCAAUGAAGUUUACUACACUAAAUACAGAACUGAGGAAGUUUACGCCAUCUUGAAUGAAACAAAAAAUAUUACAUGCAGCGCAUUAGCUUACCCACCACCAACAUAUACCUGGUCUAGGAGGAGAAAUAACUUCGACGAUGACCCCAUUAAUGAAGAGGAUACGAUUCAUUCAGCGGACGGUACGAGCUCUGUGCUAGUAUUACGAAUGUACAAUGAGAGUAAUCUCGGAGAAUACAAAUGUGCUGCGAAGAAUGAUAAGGGACACGUCUCAGUUGUAUUUCACGUGUCCUUGGGCAAUAAACCGAAUCCACCCGACUUUAUCGCUUUGGCGUCACGUACAAAGACAGAAUUAACAUUCAACGUAUCUUGCUCAACUUGCAAUAUGGCGAUUGAAGAAGAAGAUAAAUCUCAGGAUCCCGAGAAUCUAACUGUGCUUGGGUAUUCUUUCCAACUUGUUCGCGCACAGGAAGGAUAUUUGCCUGAUUGGGCAGCAGCCACAGAAUUUGAAAUUAACUUUGAAAAUUACAAUGAAUCAUUGUUUACUGUGGGACCAUUGCAAAAUGAAACUACGUACCACGUGAGGGUGCGCACACGCAACGCAGCCGGUUAUUCUGAAUGGGUUGAACUCUCAACAACUGUAACUACAGACUUCGCCAUCAAACUCACCGCCUCGAUUAUUUUAAUGUUUGUUACACUGUUUAUCACGCGUUGUUAUUAA